ACAACCCAACAAAGCAAACUGAUUUUUUUUUUUUUUACUAACUCAAACACCAAAUCAAUUGAACAAAUUCCAUCCAAUCCAAUUAAAUUCCAAAAGCCAGCAAAACAGUAGCACCGUAAGUUCCAAAACCCAAAGAAAAUUAAUAGUAACCCAAUAACAACAUUACCAAACCAAACCAAGAAACUGGACGACACUUGUUGCCUUUGAUUUCAAUUAGCCAAUGAAAAUAAUUGAACAACAGGGGUCUUCAAUUGUAUCACAUGCUUAUGGAAGCAAGCAAAUAAAACAAUGUUACCUUCACAAUUUUUUUCAGAGACGUAAACAAGAUGCAUCCUUUUAGAUCCAAACAACACCAACCCGUGUUUCUCUCUUUCGGCGGAAGCAUAACAACAUAAAAUUGAUCAUGCUCUAAUUGGAACCCAACUACACCAGCACAAAAUCCACUUCCACUAUAUACGAUACUUGCGAUUUUUCAACUUGUCUCGGAACCAAAACAAUCAGACAAAUAGCUACAACCAAUGAACAAACCCAAAUUGAAAACUAAGAUACGUUCCCAAACUUUUGGAAACUCGGCAACGGAAUAACAAUAAUACGCUCAAGGAGGAUCGAACCAUGCUCUUGAUGCCAUGUUAGAAUCAAAGAUACAAACUAAGAGAAUAACAAAGGAGGCAACUAGGGUUACAUAAUAUUAGAAUUGCAUUAGCUUAAUAAAAUAGAGUUACAAGAGAUUAUAUAGCAAAACCUAGUGGACUAUAAACCUAAUGGGCCCAAUAAUAUAAAGUCCAACAACUUAUUAUCUUAACAAUAACUACCUCGCCUUUAAUUCAACUAAGAAAACCACAACAACGAACAAUGCAUCAGAAGACAAUUGACAUGGCUGCCGCCGCUGCCAGAACACUAUGGCCAACUCAGUGGACUCGUGAAGACAACAAGCUUUUCGAGAAAGCUCUAAUUACUGUGCCGAAGCAUUCAUCUAACCGGUGGGAGGAAAUUGCCGGACACGUUCCCGAUAAGUCAGCAGCACAAGUGAAGGAUCACUACGAGGAUUUGGUCCAUGAUAUUUUGGAAAUUGAAUCGGGUCGGGUUGAACUUCCAAACUAUCCUGAUGACCUGGAUGUGAAUAGUGGCAGUAGAAUGUCUAGACAUGGUGAUAACGAGAAGCAGAAGAAGAGGAAAGGAAAACCAUGGACCGAAGAAGAACAUAAGUCGUUUCUUUCUGGGCUUAAGAAAUACAAAAAAGGGGAAUGGAAACUCAUUUCAAGACACUAUGUUAAGACAAGAUCACCAACACAAGUAGCAAGUCAUGCUCAAAAGUACUUUCUUCGCAAGAAUGAAGCGAAUAAACAUAAAGAGAGGAAAAGAUCAAGCAUUCAUGACAUUACAUUGGAAGAUAGUAACUCAGCUCCAACGCCUAUUGAUCAGAAUUGUGUUCUGCCUCCCGGUGUUGGUUCAUUGCACCAGUCUGAAGGAAUGUAUUAUUUUCCCUCCAACAGUAUGCAAGAUCAAAUGGGUUCACAAAUGCAUUAUUAGAUUCUAAGUUUUUUUUUUCUUCAAGUAGUCUGGUGGCUAAAAAAUUCACCUAAAAGGUGAAUAAAUAGAGUGUCUCAGGUUCGAACCCAAGCUCUUGCAAAUAUAGGUUAGAAAAUGCAUUAUUAGAUUCUAAGUUGUUUUUAUUUAAUGUUUUAUUCUAAGUUACUUUUAGGAAUUGACUGAUUAUAAUUCGUAUUCAACUUGGUGUUGGAUUUAAUUUAGUAUUGAACCAUCGACUUUUUUAUGUAGUAUGCCACAUGAACUAUGCAGCAGAACAUUAUUGUACUACUAGCAGUGCAAAAAAAUUCAC